CUUCGCGUACGCUCGUCAGAUUGCCAAACCGAGCGCACCAACGCGUUCGUUGACCUACCAAUUAGGGUAAAAAGAAAUCAAUCCUAAGAUUAGACCUCAUAUAAACCAAACCCUAAUAUUAGGUCCCUCAACAAUGUCAUCUUCCCCAAUAUUGGUCCCUAGCACGGAUAACUAUGGGGGAAAUCCUCUAUUCAUCUCCUAGAAGCAUGCUAGAAGGAAAUAAACCAAAACCCUAGCUUGGAACCAUGAGAACUCACCUUUGGUUCAAGCUUUUCCUUGUUCUCUUGCACAAUAGCAAGCAUAACCUUCCACUUUGCCUUCUUCUUCUCCCAAACUCCUCUAAAUCCCUCCUUGUCCAAGCUCUAGCGAGAGAGGAAGAGAAAGGAGAGAAGGUUUUAGAGAGAGAGAGGGAGUGUUCUUGUGUGCUGGGUUGGGAGAAAUGAACCCUAACCCAAGCCCACACACAUAUAACCAUUCACACUUACAGAAUUGCACAUAAGCCCCUCUCAUUUCACCUAUUCACAUCAGCCCUCUGGGCAUUUUUCGCAUGCGGGGAUCGGUCUCUCCCCACAGGGACCGGUACCCGUAGGCUGAUUUUCUAGGACUUAGCCGAUUUUCUAGCUCUCGGGCAGAAUAUGCGUAUGGGGACCGGUCCUCCCCUGAGGGACCGGACCCCGAGAGCCCAAAAACUGGGACUUAGCCAGUUUUUCACCGGUUUUGUCCUCUUGGUCCCUAUACCCUAUAUCAUGGUUCCAAAACACUUAGAACCCAUUUCAACUCGUUCGACUCCGGGCUCCGCUCGUUCCGACGGAACUCGGCACGAUUUAUGGGGAUGCGAUACAUUACAUUCCCCACCCCUUAAAAAUAGUUUCGUCCGCGAAACUUAACACGUACCUUAGCUCAUUUGCUCGAACAAAUGAGGAUAGACCUCUCGCAUCUUCUCCUCGAGUUCCCACGUGGAUUCACGCCUCGAGUGAUUACUCCAUUGCACUUUCACAUAUGGAAUAGUUCGAUUCCGUAGCUUCCGCUCCUCUCGAGCAAGAAUGCUCACCGGAAAUUCUUCAUAUGUGACAUCUUCGUGCAACUCUACCGGUUCAUACUCCAACACAUGUGAGGAGUUGCAAAAAUACUUGCGGAGAUUCGAUUCGUGGAAUACGUUGUGCACUCCCGCAAGCUUCGAUACGUGGAAUGCGGAGAUUCGAUACGUGGAAUGCAUUAUAUCAUCAUUUUCAUGAUAUCGCCUUAGAUGCACCUCCCGCUAUUGUUCGAGCUACAGCGAGAGCAUAUAUACUAUUUGAAAUAGGAUGUAAUUUAUUUCCAAAUCCAAGCAGGAAUAGAGUGUAUUUGAAAUGGUUGCCACUUUUAGAGGAUUUUGACGUCUGUGGUGAGUUGGCAUGGGGUGCAGCCUCGCUAGCUCAUUUUUAUCGGGCAUUAGGAAAUGCUUGCAUGAGGGGAAAGGUCGAGCGUUGUUGUUUCGAGACAUUACUUCAGUAGGACCGCAGCAUGAGCUUGUCGACAUGCCACUAAGGUGUAGGUGGAAUAUCGGGCUGGCUUUUCGGGAUAAUGUCAGGACAACUGAUAUUGAGUUUUAUCGUGAUCAGCUUGAUCAGCAGCUAGAGUCUCAGACACAGUAUUAGAGACGCUCCCACCUUUUUGUCUAGCGGGGUCCUAGGUUUGGCAAUCGAGGACCACCUUAGUCUGCUUCCACAUUAUUGAGCUGCAUCUUUCCGAUCGUGUGCUUCGACAGUUUGGUCUGUUACAGCAUAUACCUGAAGCAGUAAUUGUCAUACCUCGCAUCACUUUACGAGAUAGAGCAUAUGAGAAUUGGACGGCGUAUCAUGCUUCAUAUAUUCAGCGUUGGGAUGAUAGAUUGGUGGAUAUAGUAGAGGUGGAUCCUGAGGUAGAUCCAGAUACUGUACGAGCUACCACUGUUUACAUGCAGUGAUAUUGGAGGAUCACCAGGAGGUGGAUAUCUAGGCCAAUACAAAGGCCACCCCUCCCGUAUCGGAUGGAAGCAG